GGAACGAAGGGAAAAAGGAGCAGCGAAAACAGAUUACUUAACGAAGAAAAGGAGGCUUCCCGUGAAAUUCCGUGAGAUUUCCGUGCGUGUUAUCCCGGGAACCUGCCCCAAUUCUUUGUGCUCGCAGACGGCGGGAGAGGGAAUAGUAAAAAUAGUUUUGCGCCCAACCAUCGUCGGUCGUCGUUUGCAUCGGAAUCUCGGCCGUCGUCGUGCCCGCGCACAAAAUGGCUCGUUCUAUAAGUCCUGGAGGAUAUUCGAACUACGAGGACGACUCGCUGUUCCAGAACGCCGCCUUCACGCACGACAUCAGCGAGCAGAUGCGCGUUCCGAAGCGGAUCCGGGCCACCGGAGACUACUUCGAUGAUCACGAGCGGGAUCUGCUGCCGAACGGGAAUGGAGAAAUCAAUUCGUGGAAUUACCACAACAAGAUCGAUAUGACCGUACCGGACCGUAUUGUGGUGCUCGGUCAGGAUCAACAUCUGGUUCUCACGUCAGGCACCAAAUCGGCUCCGCGAGAAAUCAUGCUGGAAAACUCCAUCCUGCCGAAGGAUCCGGGGUUCGUGCGAGUGUCCACACCGCCCCGUGUGAUCACGCUCAAUGAGCACCACUUCCCGUCGGCCUCCGAUGAGCCGGAAGAGAACGCCAAAGAUCUCGAGCAGGAGGAUGACUACGGACCGGCUUCGCUGGAAUCACUCGAAGACCCCAACAAUAGCCAAGUGUUCUACUCCCGACCGGUGGCCUCUCACGCUGGUCACUCUCGAGAGUCUACCGCGAAGCGAUCCGCAUUUUCCAAGUACAACAACGAGCUGACUCUGACUAGAAGCAUGCGCGAGGAAACACCGACAUUCGGUGGCAGUUUGGAGAAUCUAACACCCUCCGAGGAAGUAACGCACUUACGGCGCCAGGUGGCCAAGAUCAACCGGCGCCUGUUGGCCAUUGAGCUGGAUUCGGUGCAGCGGCAGCAGCGAGAAAAGAUUAUCUACUGCGUCGGCAUGGCGUACCUGCUGUUUAAAACGUUCAUGUGGUUAAGCCGGAAAUAGAGCGGUCAUGGGCAGGUUUGAAGCGCAUUAAGUGUCCAAGAAAGGAACAGCGUUUGUCGCGACUUUCAGAUCGUGGCCACUUGAAAGCGAACACAGAAUUGGUUUUUUGGGUUACAGGAGUGGGGUUUGUGGCUUUAUGUGAUUGGAGAUUGGAGCUAAUGGAGAUUGGAAAAAAGAUGGGAAUGGAAAAACCAUCCCCGACAUCCGUCGGUCGGUCAUUCCUCGUCAGUGGUACAGAUUUAAAGAUGAAAGUAUUUCCAUAAACACAUCCUAUGCUAGAUGGAUAGAUUUUCCAAGACUUUUUUGAUUUUCUAUUAUCCAACAGAUAGGAACUAGCGAGAGAAACAGACAGCGGGUGGAGUGGGAGGCAUUUUUAUACAUUUUUCUUUCUUUAGCUCUACCACUCGGUUUAUCGCGUUGAGAAGCAGGAGGUGUGUACAUGAUUUUCCCCCCAUCAUGAAAGGUGAUGCUUUCCUUCUUUUUUUAAGUUAUUCAACAAAAAUGAAAUCCACAAGCGAUAAGAUAAGGCAAAAUCCAUGUUUGAGACGUUUCGAAUUGGCUGAGAAGUAUAAAUAAAUAUCGUUAUGUUACGAGUAGAG